GACAAGGGGAGGGGAAACAACCGUCCUAUUUGUUGGAGGUCUUCUCUCUGCGCCAUUUUGUCCACACGCCUUGAGCACGGUGAUUGGGUUUUGUGGAUCGGUACUGGAGCCAAUCAGAGGGGAAUCGGGCGGCGGAGAAACGAUCAGCAGCAGCAGACUGAAGUGAGCUGAGGCAGACCACCACCAUGGAGCAAUACACCACCACCACCACCACUAGCGGGGAGCAGAUCGUGGUGCAGGCUGCCAGCGGGCAGAUUCAGCAGCAGGGCACCGUGACCGCGGUCCAGCUGCAGACCGAGGCGCAGGUGGCCCCCGCCUCGGGCCAGCAGGUUCAGACACUCCAGGUAGUCCAGGGGCAGCCCCUGAUGGUGCAGGUCAGCGGCGGGCAGCUCAUCACCUCCUCCGGGCAGCCGAUCAUGGUGCAGGCCAUGCCCGGGACCCAGGGGCAGACCAUCAUGCAGGUGCCAGUGUCUGGAGCACAGGGCCUGCAGCAGAUUCAGCUGGUGCAGCCAGGACAGAUCCAGAUCCAGGGGGGCCAGGCGCUGCAGGUGCAGGGGCAACAGGGCCAGACCCAGCAGAUCAUCAUCCAGCAGCCCCAGACCGCUGUGACGGCCGGCCAGAACCAGGGCCAGCAGCAGAUAACGGUGCAGGGCCAGCAGGUGGCUCAGACGGCAGAGGGACAGACCAUAGUGUACCAGCCGGUCAAUGCUGAUGGCACCAUCCUGCAGCAAGGAAUGAUCACCAUCCCAGCGGCCAGCCUGGCGGGGGCCCAGAUCGUGCAGGCGGGCUCCAACACCAGCACAACCAACAGCGGCCAGGGCACUGUGACCGUCACCCUGCCAGUGUCCGGCAACAUGGUGAACGCUGGCGGGAUGGUCAUGAUGGUGCCGGGCAGCAGCACCGUGCCCACCAUGCAGAGGAUCCCCCUCCCGGGGGCGGAGAUGCUGGAGGAGGAGCCGCUGUACGUCAACGCCAAGCAGUACAACCGCAUCUUGAAGAGGAGGCAGGCCCGCGCCAAGCUGGAGGCCGAGGGCAAGAUCCCCAAGGAGAGGAGGAAAUACCUGCACGAGUCUCGUCACCGCCACGCCAUGCAGCGCAAGCGGGGCGACGGGGGCCGCUUCUUCUCGCCUAAGGAGAAGGAGGAAAUGGCGCUGUCCAUGCAGACCCAGGACCAGGCGCAGACCGGAGAGGAGAACGUGGGCCAGAUGAUUCGCGUGUCGUAACACCAAGCCAUCCCUGCGUGUGUAUGUGUGUACGUGUGUUUGUUGGAGCUGCUGCAGGCAUUGCGUCCAGCCCUGCAUCUCAGCCACUCCCUCUUGGUUACCGGUCGCCAAGUGGUUCCAACCAGGGUCACCCCAUUCAGAACUCAGAACUGUUCUUCUCAGGCUCCAAUCUACCGGAGCCCAAGUCUCCAAGCCUGAGCGCAGAGCACACAGCACCUAUGUCCUAUGAUCCUUUGUGUUACCGUGGAAAGUAAUUGGCUAUAAUGGCAAUAGCAAAUUCUCAGUGAGAUUAAUAUUAAGGGGACAAAAAGCAAACAAAUGAAAAAGAAACAUUUUUGCAAAUUUCAUAUUUUAGUGUUUUUUUUUUUUAAACAAUCUUUAUGUAAACAUUGGGCUUUGUAUUACCGAUUUUCUUACAUAGAAAAAAAAUACUAAGAAGCUUUAGCCAUAGCUUUGUAUAUUUUUUGUUUUACUUUUUGUGUGCUAGGGUCAGGCGAAGCACUUAAUCUGAAUUCUGAACCCCAAAAUGCUGACAUCCUGAAAUGUCAAAAGCCUGAGAACGAAAGGGACUUGGCUUUAUGUGUGACUAGAUGUGUGAUCUCUUUAAUUUCCCCUCAGUGUAAAUGUAAAUAUCUGAAUUCGAUUGGCUAGAUUUCACCACUGGAUUUGCAGAACAAGAUUUGAUUGUGUUCAGCCAAUGGAAUUUCUUCAAUAGAAAUUUUUAAUAACAAUGGCAGACGUGUAUUCUGUUACAAAUUGCACUUCCCAAUUCUAUGCAGUACUGCAGCUUUUUAAA